UUUGUCUAUAGACGUUUUAAUGUGUUAAACUCUAUGUUAUAUAAGAGGUACCAUCAUACGAGAAGGGUUCGUUCAUAGAUGUUUAAAUGUGUUAAACGAGUCAAUUCCUCCUAUGUGUGAAAAGUAAGAGGUCAGAAAGCUCCUUGAAAACACUGGAAACCUUGUUACCACGAAAUCAUAGACUUCUAAAGAACCUCACACGUCAAACUAAUAAAUCAUAAAGAAUGUAAAAUCAAGACAAGUCCAGCACCAAUGCAUCAUAUUUCCACAAAACCAUGGACUUUAAAUAGCUACUUGGUAACUACAUUUCAGACAGAGCUACUUGAUCAUUACUUGUAAUGGCAGCGCCAAGUAGCUUAUUAUUCUCCCUUUUCUUCUAUAUUCUCUGUUCUGCUUGUGUUAAUACAAUUGUAAACGCAGUAACUAGUCCUAUACUGUGCCAUGAAGAUGAGAAGUCCUUCCUGUUGAAUUUUAAGAAAAGCCUUACUUUGUCUUCUGAUUCAUCUUCUUACUCAAAGACUGCAUCCUGGAAGGCUGAUAACAGCAGUGAUUGCUGCUCAUGGGACGGGGUUGAGUGCGACAAAGACACUGGUUUUGUCAUUAGUCUUGACCUGAGUAACAGUUCAAUAUCUGGUACCCUUCAUUCCAACAGCACUCUGUUUGGCCUUGUUCAUCUCCGAGACCUAAACCUUGCAGACAAUGACUUCAAGAACUCUUCAAUCCCUCCUCAGAUUUCUUAUCUUUCGAGGUUAUCCUCUAUAAACCUCUCACACUCAUCAAUCUCUGGCCAAAUCCCAUUCGAGCUUUCAGGGUCGUUAGACUUGACUUCCCUCGAUCUGUCAAGCAAUUUCUUGAAUGGUACCUUUCCGGUUGCCAUUUUUGAUCUCCCAAGCCUGACUGUUCUCAAUGUGAGUUACAAUCAGAAUCUUGCUGGAUAUCUUCCGGUAUUUAACCAAACAAGCUCCCUGAGAGCACUGGAACUUGAUUCCACAAAAUUCUCUGGUACCAUACCAGCCUCAAUUGGAAAUUUGCAGUCACUGACUAAAUUGCGCCUUGGAAGAUGUCGUUUUUCUGGAUCAAUUCCGGCCUCAAUUGGUAACUUGACCGAGCUCACUUUCUUAUCAUUCACUAAUGCCAGGUUUGAAGCAGGAAAACUUUCUUGGCUUGACAAGCUAACUAAACUGAACAGUUUGUACCUUAUGUAUACCAAUCUAUAUGGCGAAAUCCCAUCAUCUCUUGCAAAUCUGACCAAACUUACUACUCUUCACCUUCAAAUGAACCAUUUCACCGGUGAAAUCCCAUUCCAGUUAUUUAACAUGACUGAGUUGAUCAAUUUGAGCCUGUUCGAUAACCAACUGACAGGCUCAAUAUCAAGUUCAUUCUCUCAACUCAUCAACCUAGAUAAUCUUAAUCUGAAGAAGAAUAACUUUAGCGGUAUAGUGGAGGCAGACGUCUUUCUGAGCCUCGAAAAGCUUACAUUUCUCAGUCUAUCACAAAACAACAUAUCCUUGCUUACCAACCAUCUGAUAAACUCCACUCUUUCACACUUUACAGGACUAGAACUGGAUUCUUGUAAUCUAAAAGAGAUCCCUUAUUUUCUGAAAUUCCAGGAUAAAUUGGAGACGCUAUCGCUGACAGGAAACAGUAUUCAUGGCCAGGUUCCAGCUUGGUUAUGGAACGCGAGUGAUAGUUUGGUGGAAAUAUACCUUUUUCGUAACUUCCUGACAGGCAUGGGACAGAACUUAUCUGUUCUUCCAGGUACUAGUCUAAGAGUUAUAGACAUUAAAGAUAAUAUGCUAAAGGGGAAUCUUCCAGUUCCACCAACAACUAUAAUGGCUUACUAUGUCGCGAACAACAAACUGACUGGAGAAAUUCCAAGCAAGAUGUGUGGUCUCAGAUCUCUUAAAAUACUGCACUUGUUCAAUAAUAACAUGACUGGACCGAUUCCUUCGUGUUUGGGUAAUUCUUUGUCUGUGUUUAAUGUGGGAGGCAACAAUUUUUCUGGUAUGAUUCCUCAAUCAUACUCAGAAAAAUGCGACUUGAGAGUGAUGGACUUGAGCCAGAACAGGUUAGAAGGUCAACUACCGCGAUCUUUGUCAAAUUGUAGAAUGCUCCGUAUUUUGGAUCUAGGAGAUAACAAGUUGGAAGAUACUUUUCCUUCUUGGUUGGGGACUCUUCCUCAGCUGCAAGUUCUAAUUUUGCAUGCCAACAGAUUUUGGGGGGCAACUGCUUCGAGUCCUGGAAUUGGUUCACCGUUUCCAAUGUUACAGAUUAUUGAUGUCUCUCAGAACUCGUUUUCUGGUGAUUUGCCUCUGGAAUAUAUCAAGAACUGGAGUGCUAUGAAAUUUUUGCCUUCAGACAUGGAGCUAUACGCAUACACUAGAACAGAAUUUCAAUCAGGGAAACAUCACUGGACUGACACGUAUUCGAGCUCACUUACACUUAGGAACAAAGGUGUGACAGCAGAGUACGCAAAGCAUGUGAAUGUUCUAUGUGCCAUUGAUUUCUCAAGUAACAGAUUCACAGGGAAGAUUCCAGAUUCUCUUGGAAGCCUAAAGCAGGUUCAGAUGCUCAACCUCGCAAACAAUGAGCUUACGGGUCCAAUUCCUCCAUCCCUAGGGAGCCUAAGGCAGCUCGAGUCGUUGGACCUUUCAGUGAACAAGCUGUCCGGAGCCAUCCCACACCAAAUAGCAGCAGAACUAAACUUCCUUUCAUUCUUCAAUGUAUCUUACAACACUCUGAGUGGCCCCAUACCACAAGGGCCGCAAUUUAGGACAUUUGAGAAGGAUUCUUACAUCGGAAAUCUGGGACUAUGUGGUCUUCCGUUAUCUAAGAAAUGUGCUUCUGCAAAGUCACCUGAACCUGACAAUGAAGAUGUCAAUGAUUCUGACGAGUCUCUUAAUGUAUCUGAUUGGGCAUUUAUAUUAACAGGAAUUGGAACUGGUCUAGUAAUUGGUUAUGUUCUGGGAACCAAUAUAAGCAAAAGGCACCCAUGGUUAAUUUUGAAGGUAGCGGAAGUACUGACAAGGAGGAGUUACACGCGUAACUUGGAAUCAGAAGUUACUAUGGAUGAAAUAACUAUUUUCAGAACUAACUAUAGAUGAAGUAACAAUUUAUUCGACUUCCUAGUCUUUGGUGAAGGCGCGAGGUAUUUUUGUUGA